AUGGCGUCCACGGCCUUUAGCACGACGGACGCUGCGAUCAUUGCGCAUACUGUAGAGCUGGACAGCGAUGCAGUACAAGCAACUGCAGCGCAUACAGGGAAAGGUAUAGAAGCAGUGUAUGAUGUUGUAUGCACUGCAGAGCAGCUGCUUUUUGACGGAAGCGAGUUGAUUGCGCCGCCGUUCCAGCGCGUGGCACUCCAGUUUCCCGACGAAGCGCUGUCCGAUUCCGUGCCGCUCUUUUAUGCACUGAAUCGGGAGCUUGCGCGAAUAUGUGCAGAGCACGAUCUUGUACCUCCCCGUUUGUACAUUCUUGCCGACACAAGCUACGGAAGCUGCUGCGUUGACGAAGUCGCCGCUGCGCAUGUACAAGCAGACGUAGUCGUGCACUACGGGCAUGCGUGCUUGAGCCGCACGGCCAAGAUUCCUGCGCUGUACACGUUUCCAAAGUACGACGUGGACGUGGGCGCUGCGGUGCACGGGCUGCUCGACGCGGCGCGCUUCUUUACUGAAUCGCGUGCCAUUCUUCUUACGUACGACGUUGCCUACGCCCACGCUAUCGAAUCCAUCUAUACCACAUUGCAGGCGCAAUGGCCAUGGCCCAAUGUGCCGCUUAUUCUCUCGCGCGCAGAUACGCAGUGCAAUUACAGAGACAGGCUUGCGGCGCGACGCACAGCGUUCCAAGGCACGGCACCCGCGGCGCCGCACAAAAGCGCCUUAUCUACCUCGCUGCUAGGCGCAUCCCGCCAAUUUACCUUGCCUAGCGGUGUGCAGCUUUCAGACACUGCGGCUUUGUACGUGGGCUGCGAAUCGCGCGCCUUGACCCACUUGCUUCUUGCGCUCGGCUCGCAGUACCCCGUCGCCAGCUACGACCCGCAAACAAAACGCGUACGCACGGAAACAGGCAAGACAAACAGGCUGCUGAUGCGGCGGUAUGCUACUAUUCAAAAAGCACGCGACGCUUCGGUGGUGGCGCUUGUCGUGGGCACACUAGGCGUACAUGCCUACCUUCCCCUCCUCAAAGAACUGCGCCGCAUUUUGACCUCGCCCGUUUCACGGCGCAAAGUGUAUACCAUCAGUGUUGGCAAGCUCAACCCUGCUAAGCUCGCCAAUUUUCAAGAGAUCGAUGCGUUUGUGCUGGUUGCCUGCCCCGAAAACUCAUUAUUGGAUACCAAGGAAUUCAUGCGCCCCAUUAUCACGCCGUGGGAAAUGAUGCUUGCCGUACAGGCACAUGGCGGCCGCGAGGUUGUAUGGACAGGUGACUACGAACUUAACUUGGAUGCCGUUGUGCACGAUGCGCUGCGCGCAGAUACCCAACGAAGCGACGACGACACGCCGCACUUCUCGUUUGCUACAGGCACCUAUGUUUCUCGCACUCGCUACGGGUCUGCGCAAAACACACAUGAUGACACUGCCCCUCUUUCACACGCACUCGCGCGCAUCGACGUCGCGCCGCACGAGCUUGCCGUUCGCGAUCCCAAGUCUGGCAAACUGCUCAAGGUGCUGGAUAGCGCAUCCCUCGCGCACAGUCAGCACAGGACAUGGCACGGACUGGAUAGUGAAGAAGGUGCAGACCGUCCUGUAGCGAUCCUCGAGCAGGGCACGGCGGGCUUCGCGCAGCGCUACCGCGCUGCGGAGGACCAAGCCCCAGGCGCUGGCGAGGCCUCGUUGUAG